AGUUUGCUUUUCUUUCAGUCUACAAAUCUUAUUAUUAUAUCAUAUUGCUCGACCCUGUUUCUGACUUUCUGACUAAAAUUACACCGCUACCUCAAACCAUCAUCACUUCUUCAUUUGCACCAUCAUGUGUUAGAACAUCAGGUCUCUGCAAAAUGCAAAAGAGGAUGCCGUUUCUGAAAUAUGCAAUGAUAUUAUCAAAGUGUAACGCUGUGACCACAUGUGCGUGGAUUCUGCUUUCUUUGUUUCCUGCUGAACAUGCAUUAUUUAACAGCAGCUCAGUUCAGACUGUUCAUCGAGGAAUGUCAGUCAAUAUCAGCUGUAACUAUAAACCAUCAAAUGACAAAGAAAGUUUCAUAGUGGAACUGCAAACUAACAGUAAACUGUGCUCAGCAAGGAAAAUUAACAAUUCAUGGAUAGAACAUCUAUGCUGCAAUCACUGUAGAUUCAUCUGGAUUCUAGAAACUGUGAAAAUGGUAUUUGAGGUAUCAAACCUGCAGAUAAAUGAUAGUGGCACAUACAAAUGCAUUGUGACAAGAUCCAUACCACCUCCUUCUGUGACUUUAAGAGAAGAAAGAACAUUUGUCCAAGUGACUGCACAACCUACUGUGUCUGUGACACAUGUAGGAGCGAUGAGUGGAUUUCCCAUGAUGCUUUGUAUCUCUGAGGGGUUUUACCCUUCUGGCCUAGACCAGAUGUGGAUUAGAAAUGGAGAAUUUCAGAACGCCUCUCUCACACACAGCAUUAGCAAAACCAACCCAGACAGAUCAUUCACCCUCUUUUCAUACUUGAAUACAUCUGACUGUGUGAACUACUCGUGUUGGGUAAACCACUCAUCCCUGAGCCAACCAACAAUACACCACAUGACUCCUACUGAAUGUUACAGGAACGAAGCUCUCUUUAUAGAUGAGAAUGUAUGGAUAAUUGCGGUGACCUCAGCGCUGAUGAUUCUCACCAUACUGAUUCUCACAGUUGUGUGCAAGCGUUCCAGGAGAGCACAUCACAAGUCUCCUGUAAGAAUGAAUGCCGCACCUGCAUCUGAUCUGUAUUGUCAGGUGGAGUAUGAAGUAUAUUCAAUGUUGGGUGACCAUCGUCCAGUCCCAUGCAGCCCAGUCACAGUUCGCUCAUCUCCACAAUAAACUCCAAAUGAAGACAUUUUACAUUGAUAGAUUUCUUGAUCCACUUAUAUCUUGUUCACCAACCUGAUACCAACUUGUGUAUGUAAUAUGGAGUUAUAUAAUUUAUACAUGAUUAUUUAAUCAUCCAUAAACUUGGCUGUAUAUAUGUUGACAAAAUAUAUGAGAUACAAAUUAUUAUGAAGUCUAUGUUAUUUGCCAGACUCAGCUCUAAAAAUCCAAUGAAGUGGCUUGCUGAGUUUAUUUUCUUUCCUGUGCUGGCUUAUGAAAAAAUGUAUACUUUAUUCGUGUCACAUGUACAUUCUUUGCAUGUUUUCCCUUACAUUAACCUUGCAUGUAGACACUGUGUGGUUAAAAUAACCACUCGACAGUUUUCUGAAUACUUCAGGAAUAAAAUGUACAUGAAAUGACUUGACCACGAUUAGCUGUAAAACACUGUAACAUGAAAUAUACGAUUGGACGAUUAUGAAGGAGUACAAAUGUAGUACAGGUAAAUAAACGUUUUUUGCAUAUAGUUCUGAGAUUAAGUUUAAUACCAGUUUGAAAUAGUGCUAGAAGAUCUUCAGUCAAAGGGCAUUCAACUUGAGGUAUCUCAGUUAUAUUGAAUGGCUGGUAUAUUUUAACUCAUACGUUUACAAGAGAUACAAAUAGAGACAGAUAAGCAACCAUGAGUGA